AUGGACACAAAUAGUAGCUCCACUCACGCUAACGGAACCUCACAGCAUCAAAACACACAGUUGUUCUCUUCUGAGGAGGACAGCAGCCUCUAUUUCACAUACAGAGGUGACUGCAACCAGCUGGAAGUGAAAAACCUGCACUAUGAGGUGGACACAGCAUCACAGAUUCCCUGGUACGAGAGGUUGUCAGAGUUCAAGCUGCCGUGGGAGAUUAAAGGCGACAGGCAGACGGCCAUCGACAAAUUAAGUUUGCGCGUCCGCAGCGGGCAAAUGUUGGCCAUCAUCGGAAGUUCAGGAUGCGGUAAAACGUCGCUGCUUGACAUUAUUACAUGUCGCGACGAGGGUGGCGGCGUGACGUCCGGCCAGAUUCUGAUCAACGGUCGCCCCAACACUGCUCAGCUGGUGAAGAAGAGCAUCGCACAUGUGCGCCAGGACGACCGCCUUCUGCCACACCUAACCGUGCGCGAGACCCUCGCCUUCGUGGCCAAACUAAGACUGCCCACGCAUUUCACACAGGCCCAGCGAGACCAACGGGUGGACGACGUCAUCGCUGAGCUCCGACUGAGACAGUGUGCUCACACCAGGGUGGGGAACGACUAUGUGCGAGGUGUUUCAGGAGGUGAGCGCAGGCGGGUCAGCAUUGCAGUCCAACUCCUCUGGAACCCAGGUAUUUUGAUUCUGGACGAGCCUACAUCGGGUCUGGACAGCUUUACAGCCCACAAUCUGGUCAUCACACUGUCCCGCCUGGCCAGGGGGAACCGUCUUGUUCUGCUGUCGGUCCACCAGCCCCGCUCUGACAUCUUCCAGCUCUUCGACCUGGUGGUCUUGCUCUCGUCGGGCUCGGCCGUGUACUGUGGUGCCGCUCGAGACAUGGUACCGUAUUUCACCACGCUAGGCCACCCCUGCCCACGUUACUGCAACCCUUCUGAUUUCUACGUGGACCUGAUCAGUAUUGACCGCCGUAGUCCGGAGCAAGAGGCCCAGUGUCUGGAGCGGGCUCGGGUGUUGGCGAAGCAAUUUUCAGAACAUGUUCGCGAUACCGAUGACCACAUGUGGAAGAGCGGCCCACCAACGACACACUCUGACAGCAGCUCCCUGCAGCAAGACAAAGCAGAGGGUGACCAAGUCGUCGUCAUCUCUAAGGAGAGAGAGCGACUACCAGGCAGACUCCAACAGUUUACUAUCCUCAUUAGGCGUCACAUGUACAACGAUUACCGAGACCUUGUCACCCUACUGGUCCAUGGCCUGGAGGCCCUGCUCAUGUCGCUGCUGGUGGGGUUCCUAUACUACGGUGCCGGAGACCAGCCUCUGUCCAUACAGGACACCGUGGCACUGCUCUACAUGAUCGGAGCACUCACUCCCUUUGCUGUGGUGCUGGAUGUCAUAGCCAAAUGUCACACAGAGAGAGCAAUGCUCUAUCACGAGCUGGAAGAUGGCAUGUACUCUGUCACCUCUUACUUCUUUGCUAAGGUGUUGGGAGAAUUACCUGAGCACUGCGUGUUCACUCUUGUCUAUGCACUACCUAUCUACUGGCUAGCAGGCCUGAACGAGGCUCCGGACCGCUUCCUCCUCAACUUCCUGCUCGUCUGGCUGAUGGUUUACUGCAGCCGGGCAAUGGCACUCUUUGUGGCCGCCGCCCUGCCCACCUUGCAGAUCUCUGCCUUCAUGGGCAACUCGCUCUUUACUGUCUUCUACCUGACCGGAGGCUUUGUUAUUAGCCUGGAGAACAUGUGGUUGGUGGCUUCGUGGCUCUCUCACGCCUCCUUCAUGCGUUGGGGCUAUGAGGGGCUUCUGCUGGUCCAGUUUAGAGGAAACAAAUACCCCUUCACCAUUGGCAACUUCACCUUGCAAGUGGACGGAAUAUAUGUGGUGGAGGCCAUGAAAAUGAACCAGUAUCCUCUCUACUCAUGUUACCUGGUGCUGCUGGCCGUGUGCUUGGUCUUCAUGGCACUCUACUACCUCUGCCUGAAGUUCAUCAAGCAGAAGUCCAGUCAAGACUGGUGA